AUGAGUAAGCACCAUGCAAGGAAAAAGUUGUCGGAAAUAACAAACACGCAGCCUUCAAACGCAUCCGAAAAAUACGCCAAACCAGAGCUGUGCAUCGUCCGUCCAGAAGAUGCACUGAUCGAUCUGGAUGUCGUCGACAUACCAUCUGGAGACGGAGCAUUCGACGAUUAUCAGGUGAAGUAUCCCACAGAAUUUAAUCUAUACAGCUCCCACUUCUAG